AUGGAGUACAAUCCAGACACUGGGAACUGCUACAUUCCUGGACUCUGGAAUGGAAACCCACCAAUGGCACCAGUUAAUGCAGGAUACAGUGAGGCUGUCUAUGAGCUCAAGAAAAACAUCAUCCAACAGCUGGGAAAGUGUGGGUCAACUUCUAAUAACAUCUUGGAGUUCAGAGAGUGGAUUAGCAGCCUGUGGAACGCAGUAAAACAUGAAAAAUUCAGCUUCAGAAACAGUCUGGUAGCUGAUCCAUACAUGAGGCUCUGCACAGAGUACAACAAAUGGGAGUGGGAGUUCAAAAAAGAAAUGUACACCUGGGUUACCAAUGCAGAAACUAGAAUUUCUAAUUUUGGUACAGCUGCUGCAACAUCUAACAUAUCUGACAUGGAGAACUUUAUCACUGUGUUGGAAAGUGAAGCAGUCACAGAGCUGAUCAAGUUGGAAUCAAUUAUUCUUGAGAACCUGAAGAAAUACUUUGAGCAGCCAGAAGGUCAUGUUUACCUGGUUGAAGGAUACAGAGAGGAAUUCUCUAACAGCACAAAUAGUCUUAGAGGACAAACUGAAAGAUCGGUGUUUAAGCAGCUCAGAGUAGCAGCGGACAUCAAACAGGGAAAACAAGAACUGGAUAUAAUUAAGACCAGCUAUACAGAACAAAUUGAAAAAGCAGUUUGUGCUUUAAUUGAUGAGUGCAGAAAGAAAAAAGUUAAAAUGACAGACAGAGAACUAGAGGACAGUUUUAAUAGGAUGUGGACUAAAACAUUGAACACCUUGACUUUUGCUGCACUGCAGAUUUUAAAUGUCUAUGAUAGGGUUUACCAUCAGCUGUCAAUAAAUCUUGCACCCAAAGGAAGCCAUGCAUGUGAACUGCUAAGUAAGAAAAGACUUCAAGACUGUGGAUUGAAGCCUUUUACAUACAAACCUAAAGGAGUGCAGAAAAACAUGAAAGCUGCUUGGGAAGGAUUGUGGUCCUGGAAGGAUAUAGUAAAGGAGAGACAAAAAAAUGCAGACUGCAUCAUAUCUGCUUGCAGUGAAUUUGUGUUAAGAAAAAUGGAAAAGAAAACAAAUUAUCAUGAUACUUAUAUCCAGGAGAUUCUUCACAUCAUUGAUGAGAAGCUGUACAAUGAUGAUGUUAACAGCGACAUUGAGUUUGAGGUUUCUCUGAAGCAGCACAUCUGUGGAUCUGCUGCUAGAAAGUUUAAAAAGAUGCAUGAAGAUUUUAUACAAGAAAAUGAUCCUAAGAGAUGUCUAAUUAAGGAGAGUUUCUCCUCUGAGUUCUCAGUAUGUGAGUUAGAGGACAGACGUCUUCAGUCCUGCAUUGACCACAUGAAUGCUGCCAUUGAAAAAGCAAAAGCAGAAAAGACUGAUAGUGUGAAGACAUUUGUUGAAAAUAUCUGCAAAGAACUUGGUAAUAAACUGGUAAUUCCCCAGGAUGCUCUCAAUGCCUUUAUGGUUCUGAACAAGGCUGACCAGGAACAGUUUGCUCACUGGCUCAGUGAGUGUGUGAAGGAAAUGAAAGAAGCUCUUAGGGAGAAGUUUAAAAACACAAACUUUGAAACAAAACUCAGGCAUCUCCAUUUAAAACCCCAGGGUGAGAUUUUCAACAGAGUGGUUGGUUGUGGCAAGCAGUGUCCUUUCUGUGAAAUACCCUGUGAUGCAGGUGGAGCAGCUCACAGUGAACACUUUGCUUCCCUGCAUCGACCAGAGGGUUUGGGUCAGCAUAGGUGGACAGGUUCAGGAAAACUCAGUACUGAUAUCUGCAAUUCUCUCGUUAUCAGUAACCAGUAUUUUCGCUGUAGCGAUACAAACAAUGAAUGGCAUCCUUUCAAAGAAUAUAGGAAGAUUUAUCCAGACUGGAAAAUUACUCUAGAUUCAAGUUAUGAGGCAUCAGAUUAUUGGAAAUAUGUGAUGAACAAGUACAACAAGGAAUUUGCUGAAGCAUAUAAAGCAGAGCCUGCUGACAUUCCUGAUGGUUGGAAGAAAAUCACAGUAGAGCAGGCAAUGGAAAGUCUCAAGAAAUCAUUCAGCUUCAGGUGA